AUGAAACACACACCAUACGCUGUCAGCGUGGCAGAAGUGGAGAGACUCCUGCACCAUUUGCUUGGGCUCGGAGUGGCUGUUCCAGGGGCAGUGCCACUCAUUAUGAAUCUGCUUCGCACCUACGAGCCACGUCCGUCGGAUGUGACACUAUCACACCAUUGGAUCGAGCAAUACGAAUGGUCUCUACACAAUGACAUUUACUGCGUUGAAAUGCGAAACACCUUCCGAGGACGUGAGUUUCAUUGGCUGGCACGACUUUUCUUCAACCACGAUGUGACGCUUAUAGGAAUCAUCAACGAUGAAGGGGUUGUUGAACUGAAUCCACAUUGCGUCACUUCCUCGGCUACCAAGAUGAUUGUUAUUGCCAAAUGCUUGCAAGCGGCUAGGAGGGCAAUCAAUGAAGUAGAGCGAGUCUGCUGUGCUCCAUUUACUGAAGAAGAUGUGAAAUCUGAUCAUGCUGGCAUGAUGUUUGAUGACGAAAGGCAUGCUCAUAUUACCCUACGAGGCGUCACUGGUGGCGGUAUUGAGGCACUCCAAAAAGUGGAUGACGCAUACGACUUGGAAAAUCACUUUGUCAUCAUCGACUUGGCUAUCGCCAAGGCGAGGGCACCUGAGACGGAAGGGGCGCAGGUGGGCUCUCUCACUUCAGCCGCUGCAGAUGUUUUUCAUGUUUUGCGCUCCAUCCGCCAGACGUAUUCUCAGAAUGACAUUGUUCUAUUGACCCAGGACACCUCAUUCUCCGCGUACUUUGAACGCUACUGGAACAGUCUGAGAGGCGCAAUUCCUGUGAGGCAUGUGGAGGGCUGCGGGUUAAAUGAAAAUGAUCUUCGGCGGUGCAAUGUGAAGAAUAGUGCCGGCAUCCUCAUAUUUAUCUCAGGAGACAUCAGCGGUGCAUCCACCAGUGGACUAUCCAUGCUCGUUGACCUCUCACUCGCAGCUAUCCUACCGUCAUUUCACAACAUUCCUGUUGUGGUGGAACUCGACAGUCUGCAGCAUCUUUCCCUCUUCCCGCCCUACGCAGAAGACGAUUUGCUUCACCAAAAGGCCGAGGUAGACUUUGUGUUUGAGCCAAACUACAUCAUCGGUAACGCCCUUAGCAGACAUAUGCUGUUUCCUUUGGUGCACCGCACAUAUUUCAUGGAGGAAUUCAUUGACAUCAUUGACAUGCUUGUGAGUGGUAUGGACGAUGACACGCCAUCGUUGGGACGACUUCCACUUGCUCUUACACCUGAAGCUUUGGAGACGUAUGAGGAUGUUGCAAAUUACUGCCUCAGCCUGUGCUAUCUGCCCAUUGGCCUGCACCGCCGUAUUACUGACCCGCGAAACUUAUCACUUAGUGGACAACGCUUUGUGUUGACAAAUCCACCGCGAAACCUCCCAGUCGACCGUGAAGGCGACGCCGUAUUCUACCUGCUACCCACUUGA